UGUCAAUCAAACUCCUUCUGGUCGUAGUCUCUCUCACUGCUCCUCCGCUUCCUGGCCUCGCUGCACCCCAUUCUGACAGCUACUAGUACCGCUUUCUCGAAGACAACUGGUGCGUAAGAGAGUCCUCGUUGUGGAAGAUUAAGAAAUAGCUUUUUUUUUUUUGUAUUUGUUGGCGGAUUUAUUCAUUGUCCUACUUCGAAAGUUGUUUAUCGGACGAGAGACGGAUGGUUUUGGAAGUCGUUCUGAGGGAUACGAAAGUGUAAAGGAAGGUUUUCUUUUUUUUCUUUUUGUUAGACUCUUAACGCAGUAACAUACAGAGACAUAUCUACUGUUCAUGGCUGCUGGGGAAGGUGCCCAGCUGCCGGCAACAAUAGCGGCCAGCCGGUGCGUGGAGAAGUCGCUCGAGGAAGCUACCGGGAGCGGUGCUCUGAACUUGUCGAACCGUAAAUUGAAAGAGUUUCCCCGAACCGCCCGGAACUAUGACUUGUCCGAUAUUACGACAGCCGACCUUUCUAAGAACCGUCUGUGUGAGCUGCCAGAGGAGCUGUGCCAGUUCAUCUCCUUGGAGACGCUCAGCUUGUACCACAACUGUGUUCGCUCCCUCACCCCCGACCUCUGUCACCUACAGGCUCUCACCUACCUCAACCUCAGCCGUAACCUCCUCUCCAGCCUGCCCCCCUCGAUGUGUCAGCUCCCCCUCCUGAGAGUCCUGAUCGUCAGCAACAACAAGCUGUCGGCCCUGCCCACCUCCAUACAUACCCUCACGCACCUCCGACAGCUGGAUGUGAGUUGUAAUGGCCUGCAGUGUUUGCCUGUGGAGCUGGGUCAGCUGGAGUGUCUGAGAGACCUCAACUUGAGGCGGAACCAGCUCACCACACUGCCAGAGGAGUUGUCCGAGUUACCCCUGGUCCGGUUAGACGUCUCCUGUAACCACAUCUCCCACGUGCCCGUGUGUUACCGCCACCUGCGUCAACUCCAGACCAUAGUCUUGGACAACAACCCCCUGCAGCAACCGCCUGCCCAGAUCUGCUCGAAGGGGAAAUACCACAUCUUCAAGUUCCUCAACAUUGUGGCCUGCAAGAGGAGCCAGGAGGAGCUGGAGAGAGCCCUGAGACCUACAGGGUUUAAUAGCUGUCUGUCGGACCAUGAGCUGUUCUCAGGUCAGUUUGGAGGUUUGGACUCUGGCUUCAACAGUGUGGACAGCGGCAGUAAGAGAUGGUCUGGGAACGAGUCUGCAGAUGACUUCUCAGAGCGGUCCCUGCGUAUGGCUGAGCUCACCAGAGACCAGAGGAACCUGGAGGAAGAGGUGGAGGACGACUCUUCCCUCACAGAGACUCCAGACACUGGUCAAUACACAGUGAAUGGGGAGGCCAAGCGGGUGGAUGUCAUAGCGUCACCGAGGAGCGUCACCGAGGAGAAAGAAGACUGCAGGGCGAAUCGUCCCUCUCCCCCCAUCACAGCGCCCCCGCAGGAGAACACAGCGGAAUCCUCACCACCACCCCAAACACAAGACUCUUCUAGAAGCAGUGUGGAGGUAGGAGGGGGGCUGUCACACCCGUCCCCCUCCAGUCCCACCCUGGAGGAGAGGAGGAGACCAGGUACCCUGCUCAUCUGGCAGGAGAGAGAGAGAAUCCACCAGCAGAGAGACAACACGGCUAGAGACAAUGGUUUACUGAAGAUUACAACGGCCAAAACAGGAAGUAAUGUGGCGACGCUGUCACAGACAGGAAGUAGCUCGAGUGGUAGCUCACCAGAGAACAACCACUCCCAGAACGGGCUCAGACAACGAUGUGCGAGUGCAGAUCAGAUGUCACUGUCUCAAACGGCACCGGUUCAGCGCUCUGUUAGCCGAUCAGACGUUCCGUCGUCUCCCAACGCGUCGUCCCCUCCAGGCCUGAGUCAGAAACCCAACAGUUUCCUGUUCCGCACCUCGUCCCGCUGCAGCGUGAAGAGUCAGUUCUCCAUCUCAGGCUCCACACAGAGUCUGGUGGAGGCAGGCCGCUCUGAGUCUCGCUCCGUGUUGAGACCAGAUGUAGUACAGCUACGUAAGACUCUGGAGUCGAGGUUAAAGACCGUCCUGCCAGAGGAUCUAGGUGAGGCGUUGUCCAAUGGAACGGUCCUCUGCCAGCUGGCCAAUCACGUGCGGCCUCGCGCUGUGUCCAUCAUCCACAUUCCCUCCCCAGCAGUGCCAAAGCUGAGCACGGCCAAGUGUCGUCUCAACGUGGAGAACUUCAUCUCAGCCUGUCGUAGGCUGGGGGUCCCUGAGACGGAGGUGUGUGUGUUGUCUGAUGUGUAUCUCUGUAAGCUGCCUGCUGUGCUGCGCUGUGUGGAGGCCCUGGUGAAAUGUGAGGUAGAGGGGGACAGCCCCUACAGCCCCUACUCCUCACUGCUCUCAGAGGGCUUCUUGGUCUUCUACAGCCUGGUCAUGAUCCUGCUGUACACACUGUACUACCACCUGGUCUCAUAGAUAGUGUGUGUGUGUGUGUGUGUGUGUGUGUGUGUGUGUGUGUGUGUGUGUGUGUGUGUGUGUGUGUGUGUGUGUGUGUGUGUGUGUGUGUGUGUGUGUGUGUGUGUGUGUGUGUGUGUGUGUGUGUGUGUGUGUGUGUGUGUGUGAGCUCUCGGACUGAUGUGAAUUUGACCACCAAUGCGAACAUUCACAGACAACCUGGACUUAAAUAAUCCACCAUGAUUUCAUAAACACACGCGCACACACACACACACACACACUCGCAGCUGUCCUGGCAUGAGGUAUGCAGAGUGAGAGACGAGCCUCACAACACAGGAAGGACUGUCAGCUACCCCCUCCAGCCUCACAGCUGUCAAAGACGCACCCAACGUGACAACAGUACACACACACACACACACACACACACACACACACACACACACACACACACACACACACACACACACACACACACACACACACACACACACACACACACACACACACACACACACACACACACACACACACACACACAGCCACAGCCACAGCCACAGCAGAACACACAGUGUGUACGUACAACAGCUGGUGUGGUUGAGCACAACAUGGAACCAUGUGAUUCAUAAAACAACCACUGAAAUCAUGCCCUUUAACUUUGAGAGAUUGGCUCUGGCCCAUAUUGAAGUCGUCUGACAUAACCUUUAGGUAAGAGGGGCCCUUUCAAACAUCACAACCUCUUUGAAUGAUUAGCAGAGAAAUACCCUUUAGGUAAGAGGGGCCCUUUCCAACAUCACAACCUCUAUGAAUGAUUCGCAGAGAAAUACUCUUUAGUUAAACCGUUAGUUCUAAUGCAGAAACACUCAUUUAUAUUUUUAAAGGGCUUCCCUACAUGACUACUGUUACCCCUCUAAUGCACAGCAUGUCUCUGUCUGACGAUGUCCUGUCUCUCUGUCUGACGAUGUCCUGUCUCUCUGUCUGACGAUGUCCUGUCUCUCUGUCUGACGAUGUCCUGUCUCUCUGUCUGACGAUGUCCUGUCUCUCUGUCUGAC